ACUAUUGUCUCCCAUCAAAAGCUCAACUUGCCCUCUACAGAACCCCGUCUCUGAGGAGUGUAACCCGAGUAGUGACGUAGCCGUUGGCCAUAGAGUGGCACCAAAGGGGGUUGAUACCACUUGGCAUGAUGCUGACCGACAGCCCUUGCUCAUUGUCAAAGGGGCUUCUAUUCACAAUGGAGAAAACGACCAAAUGCUGCCAUUAUAAUGGGGACCAAAGGCCCCUUGUGGCAGCCCGACACCCGAUCUCCUCUUUGGCUCGGGCUUCCUUUUGUCCCGGUUUUUCAUAUCUGACAUAUCCACACGCCCCGAGGCACUUGAUGUUGGGAGCAGCGAUGGACCCGAGGCCUGUCGUCAGACAUGGGGAAUAAACAGACCAUCUUUACUGCACAGCAGCUGGAUGCCUAUCAGGACUGUACUUACUUUACAAGAAAAGAAAUUCUCAGACUGUUCGACCGCUAUCGGGAUUUGGCACCGCAGCUCGUUCCCCUUGACUACACCAGCCACCCAGAUGUGAAGCUACCAUAUGAGCUGAUUGGCAGCAUGCCAGAGCUGAAGGACAACCCGUUUCGUCAGAGGAUCGCCGAGGUUUUCUCCGAGGACGGAGAGGGGAACAUGACGCUGGACGACUUCUUGGACAUGUUUUCGGUCCUGAGUGAAAUGGCUCCGCGUGACCUCAAGGCCUUCUACGCUUUCAAGAUUUAUGACUUCAACGACGACGACUUCCUCUGCAAGUCCGACCUGGAGAAGACGCUGAACAAGCUGACCCGGAACGAGCUGACGGAGGACGAGGUGAGGAUGGUGUGCGAGAAGGUGAUAGACGAGGCCGACCUGGACAACGACGGACGCCUCUCCCUGGAGGACUUCCAGCAAAUGAUCGUCCGAGCCCCGGACUUCCUCAGCACCUUCCACAUAAGGAUAUAAGGAAAUAAAUCAUUAAUGCACAUUUAUUAUUUUGACAAUGGACUGAUAAUGCUGCAGAACGUCUCCUGACAUCUCUGCCAAAAAGCUACUUUUGUAUCUUGUGAACAUUUGCGUUUUUGCUCGUUUGUUUAUUGUGUAAAAAAUAGAAGAAGGAAAAAAAAUAGCAGAGCAAAUACUAUGACAAACUAUGGCUUGUCUCAUCUCGCCGUGACUGCAAACAGCUCGGAUACGCCUGCCUUGUCCUAACAAGAGUCCAAAGCUUUCAUUAUUGAAGCUGCAGGAACAACAGCGGCCAGGGUGCGACUGCAGGACCGUCCUCGGGUACGGUCGUCAGCCAAUCCUUCAAGAUAAGGCUCAUUAAUUAUGAUCAACAGUCGAUUUGUGUUGUGUACCGGAGGAGUUUCAGAUACACUAGACCAUAAAAGAAACACAUGCCAGAAUAGUCCCGUGGGUUUCAGCGAGCCAAUAAAAGGACAAGCCAUUUGUCAAGAGAGCAGUCAAGCUUCAUGGCUUCAACUGACCGUGUAGUUUCCCUCCGACAGCCAGUCAAUAAAGACACUGAACCAGGACAAGGGAGUGGAGCUUUUAUAAUCUUAUUUUAUUAAAUCAAAAGUACACGUAUACAUCUACAAAAUUGUAGAUAUAUUUUCAUGUGUUUUAGAAAGUACAGUACAAUUUAAGUAGAUCUCUUUUUCAAUGUGAUAUUUACAAUGUUCUUUUUCAUUUUUUUUUUCUUCGUCUAAAAUGUAUGUGUUAUUCUCCCUGUGUACUUCACAAUGUAUGGAAUGAAAAUACGGCUGUAAAAAGGGACGCACAGUAUAUCGUGACAUGUGAUAGGGAGUAUUACGAAAAGGAUAUGAUAAAAAAAAAAGAGGAUCAUUUCAGCUGAGAGAGAGACAGCUCGAGUGCCACGUGAUUCUGCUCCCCAUGUAUCUGUUGAAGGUGGUAUCACUCGGAAGAGACGAUGGCGAUGUCUCUAUGUUUCAACAUGCAGAUUGUUCCUACUCGACCUCCCACCGUGGUGAAUUUCACUCGCACUGAUGUAGCAACAGUUUCCUACAAAAAAAUCUAAAUAAAAAAACAGCCCACACAUUCAACUGUACAUGUCUACGAGUGCGUCGGAGAA